UUGAUCUUAAAUAUGUUCAUCCAUUCCAUGAUUUUAAAUUACUGCUGACAAUAAUUGUGAAAAUGUGUCUUUUAUUUGUUGCAGAAUAUGCAUUUCCAGUUGCAACCAAGAUCCAAAAAACAAAGAACAAAAUCUGAGACUGUGACAGCACAAGAUCCAGGAAAAUCACAUCCCUCUCAUUCAGCCCCAACAGACAUUAAAAAAACUCACACUGGCCAUGGGCAGGACACCAACACAAGUGAUCAUGAUGAAGUCUGGAAUCAUCUCCAGCCUUUUAAUGAUUUCCCUGACUCCUGCUUUGAAAUUAUUGACCUGACCAGAGCAGUCCCUAAUGUCUCUCCACAAACAGAGCCUGAGCACAUCUAUCAUUUUACUUUUGAAGAGGUUCCAGGAGUAGACGAGGCAGAUACAGUUGUAUGGGAUCCAGAAGAGGACCUUGGCAGAGCAGAUGGAGAUGAGACAGUCAUGAUCACAUUGGAUUACGUCAACAGUGAGGAUGUCACACAGAGUGCUGAGAUGAAUGGAGUGACUAUGCAGGCUUUCCAACUCCCAUUGCCCUCAGCUAAUGACCUGCCUACACUAGCUGUGCAGUCCAUACAUGGGGAGGCAGUGCAAACUGCACAGGACAGUGGACUGAAUCUUUUGCCACAAGAUUUGCCCUCACCUUCAAGCAGCCUGCUUUCCCCAUCAACCUCACCUGACUACCCAGGAAAUCCAGAGAGCACACGACGUGCAUCAAUUUGUAGGAUAAAGGUUGUUGAAGAUCUUUUGGGUGUAUUUAUGGACAGCAGCAUAAUAAAUUUGACUCUACAGAUGGACUUUGUAAAUGAAAAAAGCUACUGAUGAUGCUAGAGUGUCAAGGGAGGUUUACACUGCAUUCUGGGAACAGUUUCUUGAACAGUGUGAAGGGGAAACAGAGCGAGUGCCAAGGCUGAGGCCAGAUUUCUGUGAGGCUGAAUGGCAAGCAGUUGGACGGAUCUGGGUGAAAGGAUUAUUAGACCAUGGUGUCAUGCCAGUGAGGCUAUCAAAGGCUUUCAUUUUAGCCUGCAUCCAUGGCAUUGACUCAGUUGAUGUAGACAUUCUGAUGACAUCAUUUCUCAACUACCUUCCUCCUGUUGAGAGAUCAGCUGUUGAGAAGGCUCUUCAGGGCACAAUG